UCGAUUUCUCGGAACUUCCUAGAAAAGGGGGGUAUCGAUAUUUAUUGGUACUAACAGAUACCUUUUCAGGUUGGCCAGAAGCCUUCCCGUGCAGAACUGCUGAAGCCCGGGAAGUGACCAAAAUACUACUCCAAGAGAUAAUACCUAGGUUUGGAGUCCCAGCGGUAAUGUCCUCGGAUAGAGGACCACAUUUUGUGUCCAGAAUAGUGCAACAGAUCAGCCACCAUCUAGGAAUAGAUUGGCAAUUACAUACCCCAUACCGACCACAAUCGAGUGGCCAGGUGGAAAAGAUGAAUCAUCUAAUCAAACAACAGAUUGUCAAGUUAGGCCAAGAAACAAAUCUAACUUGGCCCCAGUCUUUGCCAUUAGCCCUUACACGAAUUCGAACUAGACCGAGAGCAAAAGAGGGGCUUAGCCCAUUCGAAAUUUUAUAUGGACGACCCUAUGGGGUACAAAAGGGGAUGUCUUCACAGAUUGGUGAAGAAACAAUGACUUCCUAUAUGGUGGCACUAAACAAACAAUUAAUAAGAAUUGAGAAGCAUGUGAUGGGAACACGCAGUAGGGGUCUGGAUGGACCUGUUCACGAUAUACAACCAGGAGACUAUGUAUACGUUAAGUGUUUUGCAGAUAAAACCCUGGAACCACAGUGGACCGGACCUUUUCAAGUCCUACUCACCACCUACACUGCAAUCAAGGUUGAGGGACAGAAUUCUUGGAUUCACCAUACCCGGAUUAAGAAAGCCCCUGCAACUUCUUGGAAAGUAACCCCAGAUAAAAAAGAACUGAAACUCAAAUUUACUCGGACAAAUGGGAACAAUGUGGGUGGCAAGUAA